GCCACGCCUUUUUAAUUAAUGAGUUUGCCGGGAAUAUGGCGGGAAAGAGCUUCUCUUUUUCCCUUUUCUGUUGCUUGCGUUUGGGACGAUCUCUCUCCUCUCCCUCUCCUCUGGACGUACUCUCAGCUCACAGAGAGGACCAUUAGUCUCUCCUGUAUUCUUAGAACUCUUCUAGUACCAACUGCAUUGGAGGGGCUAAGGCCAUUUGUUAUUGGGCUGUAUGCAUAUAAUACUCCGAGUACUUUGGCGGCCAUUUUGAGUAUUUUGUCUCUUCCUGCUGGAUAUUGUCCGAUUAGAUCCGGACCUCCUAAGAGGGUGUGGUCACAAUUACAGGAAGGGAGAGUGGGCGUUGUUCUUGUUCAAAUACAUUUAAUACAGGAAUUCAUCAAUGAACACGAGUCAUGGCUGAUCGCUAAUAACUGGAAGCCAUCAACCCUAUUAAUAGAAUACGACUUUGUGGUCUUUUUCUCACCAGUAGGAGACUGGUUCUCAUACCAAGAAGAGACUCGUUCCCAUACCACAUGUACCGGUACCAAAAUCUGUCGGAACUGUACUGAAUCCAUCCCAUCUCUUACGAAAUCAAAUCAAAUCUCACAUCUCAACCUCACGCCUCCUAAAAAUUCAAUUAAUAAUGAUGGGUGUGGUCCAGAAUCAUAUCCCAUAGUGACAGGACUUGCUUAUCUGGUACACACAACCGGUACAACAGGUUCUCCUAAAGGAGUGUGGGUUCCUCACUGCUGUAUAGUGCCCAAUGUCAUUGAUUUGUGCGAGAGGUUUGAUGUGAGGGAGAAUGAUAGAGUCUUUAAUGCAUCACCACUGACCUUUGACCCUUCAGUAGUAGAGAUAUUCCUAUCACUGUAUUCCGGUGCUACACUUCUCCUGGUUCCUCCAGUCAUCAAAUCCUCUCCCCUUCUCUUCUCUCAUGUUGUCCUACGAUCACGUCAUGUAACUCUACUUCAAGCCACGCCUACUCUAAUCCGUCGAUUACCCUCGGACGUACUGAGGGAGGAGUUAUUGGGGGCGUGGUCAAGUCUCCGGGUACUAGCUUUUGGAGGAGAGGCUUGUCCAUCAGUGAAGACAUUAAGAGAAUGGAAAAGCAACGAGAACAAAACCCGAUUAUUCAAUAUCUACGGUAUCACUGAAGUAUCCAGUUGGGCCUCUUGUCAUGAAAUAGACAUUCAUGACUCCGCCUACAAUAAACCCCACCCACUUGGAGUACCCAUCGGAGAACCACUACUGGGUACUCAAAUAGAACUUAGAGGAAAUGAACUAAAGAGAGUAUUCAUCGGCGGAGAUUAUAGGGUGUGUUGCCUUGGCAAUGAAGAGUUCCUCGUCCAGGGUACCUUUCGUGACAGUGGAGAUGAUGGUAUGACCGACGAACAUGGACGCAUAUAUUUAUGUGGGCGGAGUGACCGUCAGAUAAAGAGGAAUGGCCAUCGUAUUAAUUUAGAUUAUAUAGAGCAGGUAAUAUCAUCGCUGGAUUUGGUUCGUCUCUGCUGUGUGGUGGAGAGGCGGGGCAUGUCAGAUGUGGUUGCCGUGGUUGUGCCGACAGUCAUUAUGGCGGUAGAUCGGACGCGGAGGCUGUUAUUUGAAGGAAUGAGAGGCUGUCUGUGUGAUAAUGAGAUACCAGACCAGAUACUACUAGUAGAAGAAAUACCCGCUAAUAUUCAUGGCAAGAUUGAUAUAAAUUCUAUCUCCAUCCCUCAAUCCUUUCCUUCCUCUAUUGACAUUUCUUCUCUCACUCUACAAAAAUGGAGGGAUCUCAUUUUAGAAUCAGUAUCCAUAGCAACUGGGAAUGUUACCAUGACAACGAGCAAAGGCAUCAAACUCUCAGAGUUGGGCGUGUCCUCGUUUGAGCUAUUAAGAUCAGUCUAUCAACUAGAGGAACAUUUAUCAAGUUUUAAAGACGACCACAAAGAAUCUCUUCUCUCACAAAUUUUUGAAAUAUUUCUUACUCGCCCACUUGACGAAGCCAUAGCAACCACUUUCAAAUUUGUCACCUUAGCCCCACCCCCUGAAGCAAGCGGUUACCAUGGUAACUCGGUCAUAGGAGUCAAGAGGAGUUUGAGUGAGAAGGAGAGGGAGGGUCCUAUCAAGAGGACGAGGAGGUUGAUGAAUGAUUUGAAGUGGUUUAGGAGAGGACUAAUGUUUGAUAAUGGAAGGUAG